AUGGAUCGGCUGGCGCUUGAGAAAGAGGCGUUCGAGCUGCAUUUGGAGAGUUUUGAAGGCGACCUCGCAGGCACGCUGUUUGGCAUGCUGCAGGACGCGCGAGCGAAGGCGCACGACGUCAAUGCUCGCGAGACUGGUUUCGGCCUCCCACCAACGGAGUACACGUCGUUACUGCUCAAGCUGGAAGGAGACUUCGGGGAGCGAGCUUCGAUCGCUCCCGUUUCCGCUGAAGUCGCGCUGAUACUACGAGAGCGCACGGAAGAGUUCAUGGCGUACUUGCCGAAGGAGUAUUCGCUGCAGAAGAACUUGAGCGCGAUGAUUGCUGAGUGGGGGAAGGUGGAGUUUCAGACUGGGCCUUACCGGUCGACUGGUACGUGCCUGCUGCGGCUGCGCAGUACAGACGACAUUGUAGCCUUACUGGAUGGCCACUUAUUCAAGACGCAAACAAUGCGUGGCUCUUCCCAUCUUCAGCUCCGAGGACACUAUCGGAAAUAUGCCCACCGAGGCGCGUCCCUUUACCAGUGUUAA